GCUUUGGCGAGCAUUGGACGACGCCCAUUCGCUCUCGAGCCGGAAAAUACGCACGACCUCCAAAACCCCUGGAACGUGUUCCUUCCUUACUCAUCGAGACUCAACACAAUGAUAGGUGCAUCUCGAGCGGAUCUGGCUCGAAAGGCCGCAGAGACAAAGUCAAUAUCUGGCCGAGCAUCCGGGAAGAUGGACAAGUAUAUCGAGGCACUAAGUAUAUCAAGGCAAUGGCAGAAAGCCCAAGUUCACCUCGAGGAGCAGCACAGUCGCAAGCAAACCUGGGCACGACACAACACAAGAGAACCUGUCUAAUAUGGACCCCUUGAGCAGAGACAUUAUCCGAGCAGAGGUCGACGCAAAUGACAGUCGACCCGACACCUUGACUUACAUCGCCACUCACGGACCAGAUAUCGAGAGAGACUGGUCUCGAUCAGACGUUUCUUCCCCCAUUUCGCGCCAUGUGACCCAUACUUACACGAAUGCCACCCAACACACACUCCACCCCGUGGAGCUCGAGCGAAUAGCUAGAUCACGGACACAACAUCUUCUGACCGUGGGCAGCCGCCCGUCAACUGCUGCAAGACGGCGUUCGACAGCCACGGUACGGACACUAGGGGCCGGCAAGCCUCUACCGCCGAAAGAUGAAAUCGAAGGGUACGUGGUCGAAUUCGAGGGCGUCGACGACCCCGAACAUCCCCAGAACUGGCCAUUCUGGUAUAAAGUUCAAACCUCCAUAAUCUUUUCCUUCAUCACCUUCGUGGCCUCUUUCUCUAGCGCCAUCUUCUCCUCUGCCAUCCGCCAAGUGUCCCAUGAGUUUCACGUCUCUACCGAGGUCGGCGUCCUGGGCAUCACGCUUUAUGUGCUGGGCUUUGCUUUCGGUCCCAUCCUCUGGGGCCCUGGUUCCGAGCUGCUGGGUCGCAAAAUGCCCCUCGUCGUGGCGAUGUUCGGUUUUGGCGUCUUUGCUGUCGCAGCUGCAGUCGCCAAAGACUACCAGACACUGAUGAUCGCACGCUUCUUCAGUGGCUUCUUUGCCGCAUGCCCUCUGGCCAUUGUCCCCGCCUGCUUCGCAGACAUGUACGACGACAGCCAGCGUGGCAUAGCCAUCACUGCGUUUGCAAUGGCUGUCUUCUGUGGCCCCUUUGCCUCACCCUUCGUCGGCGGCUUCAUCGCAGACAGCCACUUGCGCUGGCGCUGGACCAUGUACAUCGCGUCCAUCAUGGGCUUCCUGUCCACCGUCCUCACGUUGUUCACCAAGGAGACGUACGCACCGGCGGUCCUCGUCGCGAAAGCAGGACGAAUUCGACGCGAGACAAAGAACUUCGCCAUCCACGCGAAACAAGAGGAGGUCGAGGUGGACUUUCUGGAGCUCGUGGACGAGAAUUUCAUGCGACCCAUCCGGAUGCUGUUUACCGAACCCAUCAUCUUCCUCAUCACUCUGUACAUGUCCUUCAUCUAUGGUCUGAUCUACCUUUUCUUGGGUGCCUAUCCGCUCAUCUUUCAGGGCGUGCACGGCAUGAAUGAAGGUGUGGGUGGCCUACCCUUCAUCGGAUUGAUCAUCGGCCAGUUUUGCGGCGGGAUCUACAUCAUGAUCGACCAGGUCGCAUACAAGAAGAAGCUCGCACGCAACCACGGCGUGCAGAUUCCGGAAUGGCGACUCCCGCCCGUCAUUGUCGGCGCCGUUGCCUUCUCCAUCGGGCUCUUCUGGCUCGGCUGGACGGGCUGGAACAAGUCUAUCCAUUGGCUCGCGCCCACCGCUUCGGGCGUGGUGACCGGCUUCGGCAUCCUUUGCAUCUUCCUGCAGUGCUUCAACUACAUCAUCGACACCUAUCUGAUGUUCGCCGCCUCGGCCAUCGCCGCCAACUCCCUGUUGCGGUCGUUCUUCGGUGCCGGAUUCCCCCUGUUCGGGGACCAGAUGUUUGACAAUCUCGGUAUCCAGUGGGCGGGGACUCUGUUGGGCUGCCUCGCCGCGGUGAUGAUCCCCAUCCCCGUCGUCUUCUACCUCUGGGGCCACAAGAUCCGGGGAUGGAGCAAGACCCCGAUGACAAAGGAGGCGUUUGGGAGCGAGGAGGAGGACAUGAGACGCGAGAAGAGCGAGCUGGAGGUCUGAGUUUGUUACUUGGCCCGUAGCGGAAACUUGACGUUUUAUGCAUGCAAGUGUUGUGAGCGAGUGUAAAAGUUGCGUUCAGCUUCUUCUGCAAACGAGAACGAACCAACAUGAAAAUGGGUCACGGGAAAGGGAAUCACGGUUAUUAGAGCGGCAUCCGGCACUUCUGACGCAGCACGGAGCAUGGGGAGAUACAGGUGGUCCUGGUCUGGGACUGGAGCGUUGGAAACGUUUACAUUAAUGUCUUACCUAAGUAUUUAUGGUACGAGUAUAGUCGCCAAUGGCAAACACACGAGCUCGG